AUGCCUUUCGAGUACGAAAAGGUUAGUGGGUCCGAUAAUGAAAAUGGCCUCGAGAAAAGCGAUGAAAAUUCUCAAAACAUGAGUCGGCGGGGCUUGUCCUCAAUUUUAAAAUCUUGGAGCACCGUACUCCUAGCAAUCUGCCUCCUAAUAUCAUUAUCCUUCAAUCUAUGGUGGAUACCCAUACAAUGGAAAUUUCCUGGCUUCGGUCAGUGGAGCGCUUGCAAUAUCCCUGAGCUUCAAAAGUCCCCAUAUUCGGGGCUUUCAUAUGAUGUUCCAACACAAUAUUUCCAACAUACCGAGUAUAAUGGGGAAAACGAGACUCACGCCGAUUACAUGUGGGAAAAUUUGAGUCUUGACGCUAUGGUCAUCGCCCCAACGACGGAGUGGGCUCAGGAAAUGGGCCUCACACACUCUUGGGAGUUUCCUUGGGACCCAUCUAAGAGACAGAUCUAUUUUCUGAAAGUAUACCAUCAAAUUCAUUGUCUGAGAAUCAUUCGCAGAUCAUUUAGAAAAUUAGGUUCUGGAGAAGGAAAUUAUACGGCAUUAUCGCACCACGUGGAGCAUUGCCUUGACACUCUACGCCAAGACAUUAUGUGCAAAGCAGACGACACGCCUAUGCCAUCUUUACUGCCUGUUAAUGGAGCCGGUGAAGGCCAGGUGAUGAAAUGCAAGAAUCUCGAGAAGUUGUUUGCAUGGGCGAAGCACCGCGAUCGUGAUGCGUGCUACCGACGACUUAGCGAAUUCGAUCCGCCAUCCAACUCGAUUGAGCGCUAUGCUUUCUGCGAGCCAGAUAGUCAAUACUAUACCACAAUGAGUCAAUUCUUUGAAGGCUAUCGGGAGUCUGUCGGAGGAUCAGAUGGGUGA